AUGAGCUUUGACAGAGAGGCUGAUAGAUCUUUGGCUAUUCAAACUUCGAGUAAAGUUCCUGUGGUGGGUUCUUUCGAGGAAAUGAAUUUGAAAGAUAAUUUGCUUAAAGGAAUUUAUGCAUACGGGUUUGAAGCUCCAUCAGCAAUCCAAUCGAGGGCGAUCAUGGAGGUUAUUUCAGGAAAAGAUGUGAUUGCACAAGCACAAUCAGGAACAGGUAAGACUGCGACAUUUGCGAUCAGUAUGCUCCAGGUUCUCGAUACAAACAGAAGCGAUACACAGGCUUUGGUGCUAUCACCAACACGGGAACUUGCUGCUCAGAUUCAAAGUGUCAUUCGUGCGCUAGGGGACUUCAUGAGAAUACGCUGUUAUUCCUGUAUAGGAGGAAAAUCUAUUGGUCAGGAUAUCAAACAACUGGCAAGAGGGCAGCACAUAGUGAGCGGAACGCCAGGAAGGGUACUCGAUAUGAUUAAGCGACAGACCCUGAAUAUCAGAAACAUCAAGAUGUUGGUUUUAGAUGAAGCAGACGAGUUAUUGGGUAAAGGUUUCCAAGAUCAGAUAUAUGAGAUAUACCAGUAUAUGCCUUCAUCAACUCAAGUGGUUGUCGUUUCAGCCACUCUACCUAGCGCGGUCUUAUCCCUGACAAAUAGGUUCAUGACGAAUCCUACGAAGAUCUUAGUUCGAAAAGAACAAAUUUCACUAGAAGGAAUUGACCAAUAUUAUAUCCAAGUGGAGAAAGAAGAUUGGAAGUUUGAUACAUUAUGCGAUCUAUACGACUCUCUCACGAUCACGCAAGCUGUCAUAUUCUGUAACACCAAGAAAAAGGUGAGUUGGUUAAGUGACUCUCUCAGAAAAGCCAAUUUCACUGUAUCAGCGAUGCAUGGAGAUAUGAGCCAAGAGGAAAGGGACAGGGUGAUGCAUGAAUUUAGGUCUGGAAACUCACGAGUAUUAAUUUCGACCGACAUAUGGGCAAGAGGAAUAGAUGUCCAGCAAGUUUCUUUGGUGAUUAACUAUGAUUUGCCCCGUGAGAAAGAAAACUAUGUCCAUAGAAUUGGAAGGUCUGGAAGGUUUGGCAGAAAGGGAGUUGCGAUUAAUUUUGUGACAAAUUCUGAUGCUGAGGCCCUAAGUGAUAUUGAGAGUUUUUUCAGUAUUGUGAUUGCCGAAAUGCCCGCCAAUGUAAGCGAGAUAAUGUAA